CUAGUGCAGGAACAAAAAAUAGACUACUUGUCGCAUCGCAGUGUUGAGGAUUUCGUGGCUGACAGAUUUCCUAACCUAAAUAGUAGUGAAUUUUAAUGAUUAACAUCUCAGACGCGAGGCAGAGUAAAGCUUUUCUCUGCCAGAUUUCUUUGUUUUAUGCAAAGAUGUGCCAAAAACAAUAUAAGCGUGAUUUUCGGGAUGAUCUUGCAUUUGUCAUCGAUUGCAUAACGAAACAACGCAAACAUAACCUCAAUAUGCUGUCCGAAGUGGACGUGUUUAUUAGCAAUUACACGUUGGUUGAUCCCGAGAUCUAUCAGCUGUGGGUCGACGGACAUACUUCUAGUGACGCAGUUAACAUUUUACAUCAACGAGGAAUUUGUCAGCAGACCAAUGCGCCAAUCGAACUGGUUGCAUCUGACAUCCUCGAUCACUAUCGUACCUAUGCUUUGCUCGAGAAACUGCUUCACACUCCUACGAAACUCGCCAGUGAGCAGCUAGCCUUUCAAAUCGAACCACAGACCAGUCAAAUGCUCAUAGAAAUGUAUUACGAAUUUGAUGAUGUCGUUAUACGCGAGUUACUAGGAAAAAAGAUAACAUCCAAAAGUAGAAAGGAUAUGGACGAGGUAGCGGAAAAGACAGGAAUUACGUUGAAGAGCUGUAGAAGACAGUACGACAAUGUGAAAAGGGUAUUUAAAACUGUCGAAGAUUUGCCAGGCUCUCUUGCAACCAAUAUCAAACAACAUUUCUUACUUUCUGAGGAUCUUGCUAAACGAUACGCUGCAGUGGUGUUUAUAGCAUGCCUGCGAUUUGAAAUGAAUAAAAGAAAAUUACAGUUUUUAACGUUUCCUGAUCUAUAUCAUUGUGCUAAUAGUAUGAUGUCGUCGUGGACAUAUCGAUGUGUCGGAUCCGAAUAUUUUGAUACGGACUUGGACAGGGAAUUCUUACAGGAAUUAUCAGAAUGCAGAAUUCUUCUAGAAAAUGAUAAACAUCACAAACAUUUAGUAUGCCUUAAGCUCAAACCAAUGCUUCUCGAUCGAUCUUAUCAAGAACUGGAUAUAAACUUCCGUUCGUAUUCGAGAGCGAUUCUCUGUAUUGGAUGCAACUUGCAUAGAUCACGAGAAUUGAGAUUUUUCUUUUUGGAAUUGGUGGAGAGAUGUAUUGAACCUUGGCGACAAGUCAAUUGGACACAUUCCGAUCUACGGAAUUUCUUAGCCGUCUAUACACAAUGUGCUCUUGACAUGGAUGUACUUAGAGAAGGCGAAUUAAGAGAUGCAUUUGAACGUUACAUGACUGUAGUGACAUGUUGUCUAUUACGCGUUUUCGCACAAGAAAAUACAUAUCGAAGUAUUACAUCAACACUUCGAGAAUGUUAUGAAAAUAAAUAUCUUCUAGAGAAAAAUAAUAGAUUGCCUCAUACUUUAAAUACAUUAAUUGCGAUUCUCCAAAAAAUCGAGAAUAUAGAAAACCAGAAUAUGGAUUUACGAGCUUUAACUGUUGCAAUUAUGCACAGAUUUCGUCAAGAUGGAAUAGUAAAGAAUCCAAAUGUCGUCGAGCAGUCUGGUGUAUUGCCAUAUAAAGCAGGUGUACAAGCUCAAAAAUAUGUACAAAUAAUUCGUUUUAUUCCCGAGACAACUAGCCGGCUUCUUGACAAUAUAAUAACCGACAUUGAAAGGUGUACUCUUCAUUUUAUGUUGUCUAGCAGUAUUGAAAUGUACCAAAGAGAGGAUGAAAACAAAGAGUGUAGAUUGACUAACACUCGCCCUUUCAGAAGUGUGAGAAGUGUUAUUAGCAAUUAUUCCAUUAAUACAAAUUUAGAUAUGCACGAUGAUGUAGAAACCUUGACACCUGAACAAAUCGAUGUUAUUACAAAACACAAAGACGAAGUUACCAAACAUGUGUUUGAUCCAAACGCUAUGUAUUCGGAAUUUCCACCGAACCACCCAAAGACCGCUCGAUUAGUUGACAAACCACUAAGCAGUUGUCCUAUAGAGAAUGGCGUUAUAAAAACUGCCUGGGGUUCAGUUUCUGCCGGACCGCUAAUUGCUGGUAUAGCUGCUGGUCUACAACCUGAAGAUAUAGCACUCUCGGAAGUUCUUAGCGACGAUAACACAGAGAGAAGAACAAAUUUAUCAAAAUUGUCAUUGGAUAAUAAAUGGAUUGCAACCAUAACUGGUGAUUUAGCUGAAGUUAUUUUAAUGCAAGGACCUACAAAUAACCAGGAUGAAAAGUUUAUAGUAGGUGUAGACGGCAAUUGGAAUUCAUCAACUAUACCCCGUUGGUAUUUUCUGACAAAUAAUAGCAAAUUACAAUUUACUGCGGCAGAGAUUAGAGGAGAUAUUGAUGGAUUCAUUCUUGCAAGGGAAAUUGAAGAUUUAUUUUCAAAAGUACCUAAAUUGAGACUGUCGCAGAUUUUAGAUCUAUAUUAUAGCUCUCGUGGAUUAUUUAAUCCUACAAUUAGAGCAUGUAAUCGAAAAACAUUGUUCCAAAAAACUAUAUCCAACAACUAUAAUCAGAUAAUGUCUGAACAGACAUUCAGUGCUUCAUUAGUUUUGGAAGAAUAUUUGCAUAAAGCUACAAUAAAUGACGAUAAAAUGGAAAAUUUUGCAACACAAGCAACAGAACAGCUGGCUCUUUAUGUUGAUUCAAUGGAUAACGAUUUAUCGUGCAAUAAGACAGAAACAGGAAAUUUUGAUGCUAUUACUCAAAUUGCUGUUGAUCUAACAAUUAUUAUUGAUAUAACAUGGUCUUUUGAUGCAAUACAAUCAAUUAUUGCAAACAUAUUGGAUAAAAUCGACAUAAAUCGGUACAACAGUCAAUUCACAAUCAUUAAUGGUCAUGAUGGCAGUAUCAUGUUGAAUACUACCAACAGUAUUUUAAACUUUGGUUUAUAUAAUAUAAAUAAUUAUACAAAUAAUGUUACUAACGGAACUAACUUCGAUCUUCCUAAAUCACUUGACAAAUUGUAUGUUUUGCAAAAAAAGAAAUUAAACGAUACACGUUAUGGUCUUGGAAAUGCAAAAUCUGAUGUGGUUUUAAUUAUUCCAUAUACAUCAUCUAUCUCAAGUUCUGAUAAAGACUACUGCACACAACAGAUUAAGAAGAUGCGAGAACAAGUGCCGGAUGCCACAUUACUUAUGUUGACUUAUGGAUCGAUAGAUAGAUGGACAGAUCUUAUAUCAUCAACUGACUUGUUUGCUGUAACUGCUGCAGGCGAUAUAGGAGAUUCAGCGACAAUUACUAAAUUAAUUUCGAGAAUAAAACAAGUUCCACAGCGGUUAAUCAAUACACAAUGUGGAGACAAUUAUGUUAUAGUUGGAACGUCGAAUUCAUUUAUCAAUUAUAUUGAACCGAAUAAAACAGUCUCUUACAGAAUGCAUCCUAAUUAUUUCUUUUCUAUCAACAGCGAUCAUGUUUCUAAGAUAACGAUUCAAAGUGAUGAUAAUCUAAAAGUAUGUAAAUCGCAACGUUUUCAAAAUAUUAAUGAGACAAAUGACUGUGUAUCAAUAAAUAAUAAUGCAAGUACUAUUGAAUUUUCCUGCGGUGAUGCUGGUUUGAUACAUCUUUGCGAUCCGUUGUAUCUCUUAAUCAUUGCCAAUUCUUCAACUACAAAUUUUAAAUAUGGUCCAGAUGAGUGCAGAUUUCCUCAUAUGAUCAAAUACACCAUUUCCUAUGAGAAUUUGGUAUGUGAAAGUAAUGCAAAUACAAAUAUGUUGAAUAUCUUCAUUUUAAUCAUAAGUAUGAUAUAUACAUUUUUGUAA